AUCGUGAGUGUCAUUUUGGAUGGCCAUCCAUGCCAUUGCGGCUUGCACACUCACCACCUACCUGACUGCACGCAGCCACUCUCAAAAUCCACGCACACCGGCAACAGCAUUGCGACGUCAAGCAAGCUCGCUAGCCUCAGAACAGCCAAUUCUGCUCUAAGAUGUCUUCCCAAUCGCUGCGUCUAGUCCCAGGUCCCAGCACCUCCUCCAGCGUCUCUCUCGAAAAGACUUCGCACUCUGUGCACGCAGGAGCUCACGAUGCCAUGCGUCAUGGUCCGCGAAGUCUUUCUCACGAGAAUUCGCACGCAGCUCAUCAUCCUUUGGAGUCCAGAUUGGAGCAGUGGAAUGGGACGAGGGAUCAGUUGAAAUUGAACUUGAUGAGGAACACUUAUGGAUUGGGCGCUCCCAUGCGUACCAUGCUAGAGCGGGGUUGCGUCGUCAAGGACGGUCCCUUUCCAAACAUGCACGCUUCUCACGCCGGCACGCACAAAGGUCUAGCAGCUAUGCAAUUGGACAUUCUCAACGGCGACGACGAGACGUUGGAGCCUAGCGAUUUCUUGCCCACCGACUUUGCUCAUGACAAUUCCGACAUUCACGCUUUGCUCGAUGCCAAAUCGAGAAGGUCUUGAGAGAUGUGCAAUCAAGAUCAAGCCCGAGCUGCACGUCGUCGAGCGGUCAGCAUGACUGAAAAGUUCAGCAUCAAGUUGUUUUCGACAGAGCUAUGUCUGUCCGACCGCGCCUCCUCAGCAGCACAUUGUCGAAUGCCCACCUCUGCGAGGGACAUCUUUUCGUCAGAGGUGCCCUCGACACGCAAUCGUUCCGUGGGCCAUCAUUACAAAUGCAUGUGUUUGAGCU